ACGAUGGUUCUCAACUUAAUGGCAGCGAGCUCGUGUCCAAACAUUAGUAUCUAAAGAGUUCAGUAGUUGCAGAUACAUCGUCGCCUUCAGUGGUAUCUAAAUUUACGCAAGUUUGGAGGCUUACACGUAUACAUACAUGCAGACGAACACAUACGAUAGCGAAAACGUUCACCACCGACAUAUCCACUUAUGCAUAUAUACUACCUAUAUAACUGUUACAAACACCAUUAACCACCCCAACGGAGUCGAGCCUCAGAACGCAACAGUGACCACCCAACACUUCGUUUUCCUACCUUACGCAGUCCCAUUUGAGUAGUGUACGCGAACGGCAUCUCUGUAACUAGAAAAAAUAAAUAAAAAAUGAUUUUUAUUCAAGUGUUGUGAAUUUCAAGAUCAUAAAUUGUGUGAGUGGAUGCGUACAGAAUUGCGACCAAAGCCAUAAAAUCAAAAGUGAAAUUAAUUGCAAAACCCAAAAGGCAUAGCGGUAUUAUCCAAAUAAAUAUUUAUAUAAAUAUAUAGAAGUAGAUCAGUGUAAGAAGCAACGAGUCCAUUCAAUAUUUCAACGAAACUCUUCCACGAAGCAACCCAGAACUGGACAGUAUUAUUUAUUUUGGUUUUUGUUUAAGUGACACAUCCGGCGAGGCAUCUGGAUUGCGACCUGUGAAUUACAACAACAUAUUAUAUUAUAAUAUACAUUCUUCCUUUCCUCCAAAGACUGCUUUAAAAGUCGGAGAUAUGAGUCAAACCCCGGACACUACAUUCAUUCCGGAUCUUCCAAAAGGACCACUAUGUAGAUAUCGCGGUUGCGCAAAGUUCGACUGGAAGCAGCUUAAAGUGAUAUUCGAAAGGGAACAGGACUUACGCAUAAAGUAUAAAGUAUGGAAGAUACUUGAAAAUGAUCCACUAUUCUCCAAACCACAAUCUACACUCUCUGCCGACGAACAGAAGCAUCUUUGCGCAAUGCAAGUUAAUCGCAUGCCGCACUUGAAUCUCAUACCGAAAGAGAUCGAACAGAAAAGUUUCGGUGAAAAGACCAAAUAUUUGAUGAGCAUAAAUGAGGCUUUACACACAUACUGCCCCAGUUUGUCAGUAAAAAUCGCCUUGGGUGUCGGGCUCUUUAACAACGCCAUACGCGCUAUGGGCACAGAAAGACACAUGAAGUACUAUGACGCUGCGUGGAAUCGUGAGUUAAUAACAUGUUUGGCCAUUACAGAAGUUGCGCAUGGUAGCAACACGAAAAGCAUUCGUACCACCGCUACAUACGAUCCAAWAACGCAGGAGUUCAUAAUAAAUACGCCAGACUUUGAGGCGGCGAAGUGUUGGGUUGGUAAUUUGGGUAAAACGGCCACAAUUGCGAUGACAUUUGCCAACUUAUACACAGCUGAUGGGGAAAAUCAUGGACUUCAUGGUUUUCUAAUACCCAUACGUGACCCCAAAACUUUGCAAGCAUAUCCAGGUGUGUUAGUUGGUGAUAUCGGCGAAAAGAUCGGUCUGAAUGGGAUUGACAAUGGCUUUGUGUUGUUUUCAAACUAUCGCAUUCCACGUGAAAACCUUCUGAACCGUACUGGCGAUGUGACACCUGAAGGUGUUUACGAAAGCGUUUUUUCUGAGCCCGGUAAGGUUUUGGGUGCUGCUUUAGAGUCUUUUUCGGCGGGUCGAAUUGGCAUUAUGCAGGAAUCGGCGAAUACUCUCGCCAGUGCAGCUGUAAUUGCUGUGCGUUAUGCAGCGCUGAGAAAGCAGUUUGGUCCCGAGAAAGAUGGACCGGAAGUGCCGAUAAUUGAGUACCAGCUUCAGCAAUGGCGCAUAUUCCCAUAUCUAGCGGCUGCUGGUGUACURAAGCUUGCUGUGGCUGAGCUGACAGAAAUUUACCUUAGCAUUAUUGAAAGGUCUCAAAAGGACUCUAAUGGAUUUGAGCUGUUGACCCAAAUUGUGUCCGAAAUUCAUGCAGUCAUCUCUUCAUCGAAACCCCUACUUACAUGGACCGCGAGAGAUGCUAUUCAAGAAGCGAGAGAAGCUUGCGGCGGUCAUGGUUUUUUAAAAGCUUCCAAACUGGGCGAUCUGCGCAAUGAUCACGACCCAAGUGUCACCUACGAAGGCGACAAUAAUGUGCUCGGACAGCAAGCCUCCAAUUGGCUUCUGCGACAAUGGAAUAGCACASUUGAAAGUCCAGUAGGCACUGCAAAUUUUUUGAAAAAUCGUGGUGAUAUUUUGCAAUACACCUACGAAAAGGUGGCCCGGGAAUCGUCAAUUGAAUCUAUGGAUUUCGUUUUGCAAUGCUACGAGUGGAUGUUGUGUUAUCUACUCGAGAAAACAGCGAAUCAUAUGGCUCAAGACAUAAAAUCGGGAGCGCAUCGUUUUGAUGCUCGCAAUAACUCCCAGGUGUAUGGUGCUCGCGAUUUGUCAUUGGCCUAUGCGGAAUAUUUCGCUCUAAGUCGUUUUCGUGAACGAUUCCGCCGUCUGGAAGUGAACACCGAGCUGUCGCAAAUACUGGAACUGCUUUUCGCCAUCUAUUCAAUGUGGUGUAUUGACCGGCACAUGACCACCUUCUAUGUGGGCGGAUUUGCAAAGUCAGCUUUGUUUGCCGAAACGAUACGUGCACGCUUGCUUGCAAAAUGUAGCGAACUGAAGGAUUCAGCAGUAUCGGUAGCAGACGCUUUGGCGCCGCCUGAUUUCGCACUUAACUCGGUUAUCGCCAAAUCCGACGGGCUUUUGUACGACAAUUUACAAAGUGAAUUUAUGACCAAUAGGGGUGCAUUUGAGAGGCCCUCUUGGUGGAAAGAUAUUAUUAUUCCUCAGGUUAAGUCAAAGCUUUAAAAAAAAAGUACUCCGCUGAAUGUGAAUAGGCAAACAUGUUGCAUUUUCCUAGUGUAGGGCCUUUUUACGAGACGAAUAACUGUACUGUAGUUGAAUGUAAUGUGCGCGUGAAUAAUGAAGGUGAUUGUGUCUAGAAUUAUAGUAUGUAUGUUAACUAUGUACGAGUAUAAUUUAUUGGUGCACAGUCUUGUGCAAAAAAUAAAACUGUUAGAGAAACCUUUGAUAAUGAUAAUUGUAGCUUGAAAUUUUUAUAUACGCAAACUAUUUGAUACGAAAAUUUAUUAAGUAAAUAUUUUUAUA